UAUUUCACUCUGAGAAGCCGGUGGACGUGUCCUGAUCCACACCGGAAUUGACGACCACUAGAAUCUCAUUGGUCCACGGUUUGAGGUAGUGGACGUAAUG